AUGCUUGUCGCAGUCCUUUACCUGUCACUUCUUUUAAACUCAGGUCUCACUGUUGUAGUUCUGCAGUCUGGAGAUCAAGUGUCUCACCCAGGAGUCACAGUGACGCUGGAGUGCAGUUUGGGUCCAGGGUUCGACAUGAGCAGCUACACCAUGCUCUGGUACCGACAAAACCACUACAGAGCUCCGGUGGAGUUCCUCCUAACAGAGUUUGACCAGUCUGUGGUGCACUUCCAGUCGUCUCUCGAUAGAGCCAAAAAUGACUUCUCUCUUCAAAUUCCUGAAGUGUUUCUCAAUGACAGCAGCAUCUACUACUGUGCUGCCAGUCACAAUUUCUCAUUCUGUGUAAAGAUUCACCAGCCUCCGUUUGCAUUGAGUCAUGUGGGAGAAACUGUAACUUUGCAGUGUGAACAAGACAACCCCGAUUAUUACUACAUGUUCUGGUACAGACAAAGCAGCAGUAAGAAAAUGGAGAUGACAGCUAAUAUUAAAAUAUACUUAUUACACUCACACUAUUUCCACUUUUCAGAAAGUAGAAAAGAAAUUAUGGUGAAAAUGUAUCCGCUAAAAACACGCAAAAGUAGUGUGGCAAUAAAACAUUUGGCUCUGUGCCCAGAGUAUUACUCUCACAGUGAGUUCUUAUCAGCCCUGUCAAAUACUGUGAGUUUCCAGUCAGAGGCUUACUUUGGAGCUGGAACUAAACUCACCGUUGUAGCGCGUAAAAUCACCCCACCGACAGUUACAGUGUUUAAACCUUCAUCAAAGGAGUGUCGAAACCUGAAAGAUGAGAAGGAGAGGAAGAAGACCUUACUCUGUGUGGCCAGGGAUUUCUACCCAGACCAUGUCAGUAUGUUCUGGCAGGUUAAUGCGAAGAAUGUCACCAAAGGUGUGGCCACUGACCCCGCUGCCUGGUUGGAUAAUGGAACCUACUUCAUCACCAGCAGGUUGAGGGUCCUUGCCGAGGUCUGGACCACACCCGGGACAAACUUCUCGUGCUUUGUCAGCUUCUUCAAUGGGAACAAAACUAUCAAAACUAACGAAACAGUUUUUGCUGUUGAAGCCGGAAGUGACGGAAGUGUCAAGACAAGAGUGACAUAUUUGAGGAGCACACAGAGUUUCAAACUCUCCUACACUGUUUUAAUCAUCAAGAGCAGCAUCUAUGGAGCCUUUGUGGCGUUUCUGGUGUGGAAACUUCAGGGUUCAACUGGAAAGCAGAAGUACUGAGAGCUGAGCUGAGGUGAACCAACUCUGGCAGAUGGAUUAUCUUGUUUUCUGUAAAUACAACUGAAAAUAUAGUAGUUAUAUUUCUACUGCUGUAUGUUAUAGUGCAUUUGCACUUGUAUAUCAAUGAGCCAUUCGAUUAACAGUUCUGUGCUUAUUCUUUUUACAAUGUUAAAGCUAUAACCAGCAUGCAAAUAGUUUAGCAUCAAGUUUUUAUCGAUACUUAAUGCAUCAUUCUAUGUGUUUGUGGUGGUUCAACGGUUGUGUGCUUUGUUUUCUUCUCAAUAAAAGUGUUUCAGGAAAAUCUUGA